UUUAGUCUAACACAUUGUUGCAUAAAAACCAUGGCACAAACGAGUGGGUUAGCACUAGAGCGUCUGCUAGAAGACAAAGACUCUGCUCGCUCUAUUAUGAUCAUAGAUUCAGUUCAACAAUCCGGCAAUCCUCUACUUCUUAAUUUUGCUGGUCGUGCAGCACAAGAUCAACCGCUGGUUGUCUUAUGUACCGAAACAUCACCAAAGUCCAUUCUCAAAUCAAUAUCUAAUCACCAAAACGCAAAUAUCACUUUCUAUGACGCAUACUCUAAUCCUAAUGGAUGGAAUUCCACCUUUCCAACUGACCAGCUUCUUGAGGGCAAGCACAAGUGCCACACCGUCUCACAGUUAUCUGACCUCAAACCACUGGUGAAGGCAUUGGCCGAACAAACCCAAGCACACAAGCGCUGCACUGUCAUUAUAGAUUCUCUCGCACCACUUUUAUUUGCUGCAUAUGAGCAAUGCUAUCAGCUUGUAAGAUCUUUAGCGUCUUUAGCAACAGAUGAUAGGAGAGUCAUUGUUAUGCACCAUGCAGACAUUUCAUAUGCAAGGGCAGCUGCACGGCAUGCGCCAUCACUGAUGGAAAGUCUGCAGCGAUUGUUUUCAGUUGCCAUCCAGGUGGAGGCGCCACCUCAAACAGACACGUCCAACAUGGAGCACCUUACCGGUUUCAAAGCUGUCGAUCAAUUUUCUUACAUGAACACCAACUCAAAUAAUACUACGGCUGUUGCGAAGAUCAUGUGGAAGCGGAAGAGCGGCAAGGUUUUGCAUGAAACAAACGCGUUUCGAUGUGAUGGUCAAGGCAUCUCUGUCAUGACAGCCGCCGCCCAGGAGACGGAAGAGGAUCUUGACGAAGAUUUACAAGAAUCGGCUGGACCGGAUCCAACUGCCAAUCUAUCGUUUAACUUGACAUUGACUGACGAACAAAGACGUGCAAAGGAGAAGGUCGUUUUGCCUUACUUGAAGGCUCAAAACAGAGGAACAGUCGAAAUCGAGUCCUCAGAACCUACCACGACACCAGCACCGCCCUCUUCCGGGUCAAUCUACUACGAGCCAGAUGCAGCUGACGAUUUUGACGAUGAAGAUCCCGAUGAAGACUUGGAUAUUUAAAACUCUUCGACAAGUAGUUUUUGGGUUAGAACCUGCUUAGAAGUUCUGAAAGACAUUGUAAAAUAAAGGGAACGACAGACCAACUACUCUCUUGAGAAUAUGUAUUUCUUGUCUUUCGAAAUGCUGUUAUUGGUAUUGCUAUUGUUAGAUGUUUAUCUC